GUAAACAGGCGAAUUCAAUGUGCGCGCGCUUAACGCGACCUGUAUCAUUUCGUCACAUAUAUUAACCUUUUGUUGUAUUGCUUUGAAGUUAAUUAUGUCCAUCAAAAAAUAAUUAAUAUGAUACUAAACAUGUAAACUUAUCGAUCAGUGAUUGAAUUUCGCAUAUCAUAAAUUUCGUUCGAAGUGUUAUGAUUGAAGUGAAACAAAAACGGUGUUUGAUGGAAAGUACAGAAUAUUUUCUAGAGAGAACAGAAAUAUCUCGACCGUUGGUUGCCGCCGGAAGAGUGGCUUGUCAUAGUCAUCAGACAAUUAAAUAUUGUCACAUUCUAAACGUCUGGUGUAUAUUUCGAAGUGCUAUUUAAUAUAACAUAUUUGUGAGAAUAGUGUGAAAUCAUUUGAAAUUUAUUAUUACGCUUGAAAAACUAUUAAUAGGCGAAAACAAAUAAUGUUCACUAUUUCACUCGCCCAAGAUGGCUGCCGUCGGAUUUCAUUUUACUUUUAUGUUGUGUAUGAACUACUCAUUAUUUCAGCGUGGACAGUAAUGAACCGUAUAUGAAACAUUUUACGACAUACAAAGGUUAUAUAGGAAUGUGUGAUCCCAGGGAAGUAUCCCAGCAAGUCUGGUCCCAGUGGAUAUUAGAAGCAAUAAGAAAAAUACGUUCUCAGAAGCAGAGACCAAGUGCUGAAAGGAUUUGUCAUGCCAUUAGACAACACCAUAACUAUCAUGAAGAUGUAAUUGGUGAACACUUAGAGGCAGCAGUAAAAGAAGGUGUAGUUUUGAAGGUUUUCAAUAAAGGACAAAGUUCCUAUAAAGAUCCAGGUGGUAACCAGAGCAUUCUCAGAAUCGAGCAAGGCAGUGAUAUAACUAAAGUAGUUGCUAAAGCUGUUCGAGAAUUAGGAGAAAGGGAUGGUUCUUCUAUGAAAUCUAUCGAAAAACACAUAAGGCAUUCACAUACGAUUGAAGAAUCCAACGAAUGCGAUUUAAAAAGCGCCAUUAAUACGGCUAUCAAGAGAGCCCUUACAAAGAAUACCAUCGUACAGGAUGGUAAAAAUUUUAAAUAUAAUUAUAAUCACCCGAGUACGGGAGCUAAAAGAAAAUCAGAAGGAACUAGAAGGUCUUUGAACCAAGAAGAUUCUAUUCUGCAACCUAAGACACCGACUCCUUUGCCUAUUUGCUCUGAAUGUUUGGGCACCGAAACGAAAAAUCGGAACGGAGUUUUCGAAAAGUUAAGUGCCUGUUUCGAAUGUGGAGCCCUGGUUCAUUUAUCGUGUACCUCCAAAGAACAGGAACUAUCUACUUUAUUGGUAAAAGGUGGUAAAUGGUUUUGCGAGGAAUGCAAGACGUGCGAUGGUUGUGGUAAUACAGGAAUAUCCAUGUGUCUGUUAUGUUGCUGUAGCUGUGACCGGAAGUACCAUAUGGGUUGUUUAGAUCCUCCAGCAGAGAAAAAACCAAAGUGCCCAUGGAGGUGUAAACAUUGUUUAAAUCAUCAUGACAAUAAGAAUUCUAAAAAGCCAGGUAACGGCGUACGUAGAAAAUUGGACAAAGUUAGGGAGAAGAUAAAAGAAAAAAAUCAAAAAUCAAAAGAUGUAGGAUUAAUUCCAGCUACAGUGCCUCCCUCUUCUAAAAACGAUAAUGUUAAAACCUCAGUUCGAAAGAACAGAGUUCCUCCUAUAAAUGAUAGCGAUAAAAGCGAAUUUGAAAAUAUCUCCAAUACCAAUUUAGAAAAAACGAAACAAGAAAAUGAUCAGCUGGAUGUUAAUGAUAAAAUGUCUAAGGAAAAGCAGAAGUUCUUUAGAAGUUCGGCUUUCAAUUCAGAAAAGAAAAAAGAUGGAAUCGGUAAAAAAAUUGAUAAAAGCUCUAAAAAGGAGAAGGAACAAACUAAUAAUGGUGAAAAGUUAAAAAACGCAAGUUCUGCGAAAAAUAAAAGAAAUUCCAAGGUACAAAACAGUGAUAAAAAUAAAACAUCAACAGUGGAUUCAGAAUUGAAUACAGAUUUGAAAGCACCGUCCAAUACAAAUGAAAAACCAACAGAUGAAAAAGAACAAUCUGAAGACGAAGAUAGUAAUGACAGUUCUUCAGAGGAUAGUUCGUCUUGCGUUUCAUGUUCCGAUUCGGACACUGAUUCGUCCAUUGAUAAUUCAGAUUCGAAAACGAGCAUGCGGAAUAUAAAAAUACCCAAUAUAUUUAACACCAAACAAAAGAAUGUCAAUACAUUUGGCGGUAUGGUUACUGAUGAAGAUAAACCUUGGGGAUUUGCAGCCGCUGCUGCAGAAGCAAAACAAAAAGAAUCUAAACUCGAAGAAUCACCAACAAAAAAAUCCAAAUGUAACGAGAAUCUGUUUAUAACCGCUCUAAAGGAAGAAGGAUUGCUAAAAGAUAAUGCGGUAGUUUCUCCCACUAAAGUUGACGAUAUAUCUUCAGAUAAAUCACAGAAAACUCCAGGAUUUGGACAACUCAAAGGUCUUUUUGAUGGUCUAUCACAUCUGUUUGCGGCUCCUUCGGAGAGUCGAGCCAGCAGAUCACAGCCUAAUUACAAUCCAAAUAGAAGAAAACCAAAAGAUGCAAAAGAUGAAGACUGUCAAAUUGAAGAAAAAAAACCCGACGUUGUAGAUUUUAAAGAAACUAUAGAGGAAAAAAAGUUAGUGGAACCUACGAAGAUUCCAAUACAGUUGUCACCACUUCGAGCUGAUGCGAUAAUCGAACCAGAUACGGACCCCAGAGUCAAACCAGAGGUUGAAUGUAAAGCCGAAUCCAUACCUGCCGAAUCUAUCUCUGAACCUAAAGCGGAAAUUUCUACUUCUUUGACACCGUCAAAUUUGGUGAAAACGGCAGUUAAUUCUAAACAACACGAGAAGAGGAAAUUGAUUAAAUCUGAAAAUCAGAACGUUCCUAUAUCAGAAACGGCAACUACCUCUCAAGUUAAGACAAAAACUGACAAUGAACCCAGAAGUAUGAAGAAGAGGAAUCAGAAUGUAGCGAAUCCGCCGGCUGUGCCUUACCAAAAUAACUCUAUAAUUGAUAUUAAGAAUAUACAUUUAGCACCGGGAGUCACUCAGAAAGAUGUCGAGCUUUUUAAGGAAGCUAGAGAAAGAGCCGCUGAAGCGACAGCGGCGCUGUUACCUAUUCCGGUGCCGCCUAAAGUUGAAGUAGCACUGAAUACAUCUAAUUUGGGUCCAUUGAACCCACCAUUGGAAAUAAGAUGCCCUUCGGCGAUAGAAUUUGGGAAAUAUGAAAUAAAAACUUGGUAUUCAAGUCCCUUUCCCCAAGAAUAUGCCAGGUUACCAAAAUUGUUUCUUUGCGAAUUUUGUCUCAAAUAUACAAAAAGCAAGGCAGUAUUAGAAAGACAUCAAGACAAAUGUACUUGGAGACAUCCACCAGCUACAGAAAUUUAUCGAUGUAAUGACUUAUCUGUAUUCGAAGUUGAUGGAAAUGUUAACAAAAUCUAUUGUCAAAAUUUAUGUCUGCUGGCUAAAUUAUUUUUGGAUCACAAAACAUUAUACUACGACGUAGAACCGUUUCUAUUCUACGUUUUGACUAAGAAUGACAAAAAAGGAUGUCAUUUGGUAGGAUAUUUUUCCAAAGAAAAGCAUUGCGUGCAAAAAUACAAUGUUUCUUGUAUUAUGACAAUGCCGCAGUAUCAGCGACAAGGAUUCGGAAGAUUUUUAAUCGAUUUUAGUUAUUUACUUUCGAAAGAAGAAGGUCAACCUGGCACUCCUGAAAAACCCCUUUCCGAUUUAGGAAAAGUUUCCUAUUAUGCUUAUUGGAAAUCGGUGAUAUUAGAAUACCUCUACACUCAUCGCAUUGCCAAAUUGAAAUUAACAGAAAUAAGUAGGGAUACCGGAAUGUACUGUCAAGAUAUAUCAUUGGCGCUUCAAUUACUUGGUUUUAUUAAGCUCGUACCGAUGGAAGAUGGUGUCAGCAGGCCAGUCAUUUGUGUUGAUUGGAAGAAGGUCGAUGCACAUAUGGAAAGAGUAAGGAGCUCCAAAACCAGAAUACCAAUUGAUUAUGAAUGUCUAAGAUGGACACCUCUUGUAACACAACCGAUAAGUCAACUGAUCGAAUCGAAACCAGAAGAUAGUCCUGAACUUAAAGAAACGGCGAAUAUUAUAGUACCAAUGCCGGAGAAAAUUAUAAUAGAAGCGCACAGCGGAGUUAAAUUGAAAAGAGGAAGAAAACGAAAGAUUUCGUUGACAUCUUCUAGAAUAAACAAAUCGAGUAAACUAGAAGUGAAGACUCCUUUGAAUAGCUCGUCAAUCGAGGGAAACGAAAACGCAGAAAUCGAGAUUACUUCGUCGGGUAGAAAAAGAACGAGACCUAGUAAAUUUAACGAAACCACUUUCGGUGAUAUAAAACCGAAAAAUCAAGAAAAUAAUAAGAGGAAACUAAUAGAAAAAGUUACAUCAAGGAAAAGAUUGAAAACUGAUUUAAUAGUUGAGAAAGCUGAUGAAGGAGCUAAUCAACAAAGUAACAAAAUACCAGUUGCUACUAGGGGUAACAAUAGAUCAUCAAAUACACCAAAGACUUCAGUGAAAAAUGAUACGCUGGAGGAAUCAAUUACCAAACCAAAGAAAACUUCCGUUACCAAAGAACGGAUUUUGGGCGAAAGAUGGUCUCAGAGACGAGUGAAGAAGCAACAAGAACAGAAGGAGAAAGAAAAACUAAAGAUUGAAGAAACGAAUGUCGAAAAUGUCAGAGCAAAAUCGGAAUCGGAAUUGCAAGAAACGUUGAAGGUCACCACAAAAACGAAUAUUGAAAACACAUCUCAAACUAUUGGUGAUGUUUCACUUAAUACGCCUCAACAUAAAUCGAUUGGGAAAAGAAUGCGAAAGAAACGUGGUUGGGGGAAGGCUAAAACGCGAGGAAAAAUCGUUAAACAGUUGACUUUACAUGAAAUGAUAAAACAGAAUUUACAAAAAGACAGUGAAAGCGAAUCUUUAAUAUCUGAAAAGUCUGACGAAGAAUCCACAAAGGAACCUGCGAAUGCACCCAUCACUCCAGAAAAAGAAAAAAUUAAGCCCAGAAAAGAAGAUAAAAUUAAACGAACUUCUAGAAUAUCUACAGAAGAAGACUCUAGUGCUGAAGCUGAUGAUGAAAUGGAAAAUGAUGAAUUACCUGUACAGAAAGAAAUUUCUCCAGCAAAUAAAUUCAAGUAUACCAAAGUUAGUCCUCCAAAAGAGAAAUUGGAAGCCGCCCAAAAAAAUGUUGCUGUAAAGGAUGAUAAAAUAGAAAAAACCGAACAUUCUCAAUCUCCAUUAUAUACCACAACAUCCGAAUCUGAAAUGGAGAUAGAUGGACAAAAAAUCAAAACUAUAUCUCAUAGAGAAGUAUUCAAAAGUGGUUUAAUAGUGCCUCACAUAAAACAGACCGAUCUUACGAUCAAUCGAGAACACGAAGUAACUCCUCUCGAAACGGUGAAUUUAGAUCAUCUAAAAGAUGAUUCUCAAAUCGAAUCUGGUAGAAAAUCGACCGAUAUGGAACUAGAGAAAUUCGAUGAUACCCACAAAAACAAUAUAAUUGAACCUAAACAAAAUGUAAUAGUCGUCCCAGAGAAGACUCUCGAAAAAAUGGAUACAAGUGAUACCCCUACAGUUGAAAAUCCAGGAAACAGGAUUACCAAAUUUUUGGAAAAUGCUCAAAAAAUUUUAGAAGCUGUUGAAGAGACUGCCCCGAUUUCUCCUGUACAAGAAAAUGCCAUAUCACAAAAUAACGCAUCAGAAAAGAAUGCUACAAAAGAUGAUGUCAACUUCGUAAAGUCUCAAGGAGAAUCUGAUAACGUUAAAACUAACGACAAGAUAUAUGAAGGAUCAAAUGAAGAUAAACAGGUUUCUGAAAAACCUAUCAAAAUACCAAAUGAUAUGGUGUCAAAUAUUCCGCAUCAAACUGAAAAAGUCGUUGAAGCUAGUAUAGUAGACAGUUCAACUGAGCCUCAAAUCCCAAAACAAAAGUUUGAUCAAGUCCAAACACCAACACAACUUUUACCACAGAUCCAGACACCAGUCAACUGUCAAAAUCAAAAACAAGAUCAUUCAACUCAGAAACAAAGUGGGUUUAUAGUCCAAAAACAAAACCAAUAUCAAACUGAGAAACCAAUGGAAUCUCCAAAGCAAAUUAAUCAUCAGGCUUCUAAAAAUACAACUUAUAUAACGCAAAACGAACUUCCAAUAUCUAAAUUUGAUCCUCAAACUCAGAAGAAAAACGAACCUCAAUCCCAGCCGCCGGUAUACAAAUCUUGUGAAUUCCAUAUUAAAAAAACUAGUGACCUUCCAGUGGAUCAGCAUACUCAAAAAUCGCUUGAUGUUUCGGUAUCCCCUUUAAAUGAGAUUUCUAGAAAAACCAUCGACGUUCCUCUACAGCGAUCUGCAGAACUUUCUUGUCAACAACCUGUCGAUCCUCUUCAAAGAUCUCUGCAACAACCUCUAGAAGUUUAUCAACAGAGACCAACAGAAGUUUCUCAGCAGUGUCAACUAGAAAUUUGUCAGCAGCAACCACUAGAAGUGUCUCAACAGCUACCACUAGAAGUGUCUCAACAGCGCCCACCAGAAGUUUCUCAGCAGCGACUACCAGAAGUAUCUCAGCAGCGACCACCAGAAGUUUCUCAGCAGCGACAAUCAGAAGUAUUUCAACAGCGACCACCAGAAGUAUCUCAGCAGCGACCACCAGAAGUAUCUCAGCAGCGACCACCAGAAGUUUCUCAGCAGCGACCACCAGAAGUUUCUCUGCAGCGACCACCAGAAGUAUCUCAGCAGCGACUACCUGAAAUUUCUCAGCAACGACUGCCAGAAGUUUCACAGCAACGAUUACCAGAUAUUUCACAGCAGCGACUACCAGAAGUUUCUCAGCUGCGACCACCAGAAGUCUCUCACCAGCGUCCUUCAGAAGUUUCUCAGCAGCGCUCAUCAGAAGGUUUUCAGCAGCGAUCCGUAGAAGUUCCUUUGCAGCGACCUGUGGAACAGAGGCCUAUGGAUUUUCCUUCAUUAAAUGCUAUUUCCGAAGAAUCGAAUCCUAGGAAAAACACCGAAUCUGUGAUUCAAAAACAGGUGCGACAAACAACAGAACGCAAGAUUAAUCCCGAUCAAGAUACUCAAAAAACUUUGAAAUCCAAACCAGUAGAAAAGCCACAAGAAAGGGCGACGGAUCAUAAACUGAGUGUGUUGCAACAUCUGCCAAUGCAAACGCAAGAAAUGAAACCCCCAGAAAAAGUGUCUUCUCGCGAAAUGAAAUACUCUGAAUCUAGAAAUAAUGUUCAUGCGGAUAUCAAGACGCACGAACAUCACGAUAGUAAAACCAAAAUAGAACCAAAAAUAUCACCAAAACAAGAAACGUCAAAAUCAGAGAGCCGAAAAGAAAAAUACGACGAGAAACGAUAUCAUCACAAAUUGCAUGAAGAAAAAUGUAUGUAUGAAGCACAACAGAAGAUGCACAUGGACAGUGAGAGUCUUUUAGCCAAUGCCAUGACCGAAAAUUAUAUGACGCAAGCUCAAUACCAUUGGCAGUGGGAAAGGCUGUGGGGAAAGAAUAUUUAUUAUGAUAAUAAGGGUUAUACACAUCCAAUGCUUCAUCAGUUUGCUCCUCUGGACAUGUUACCGAAACAACCAACAUGUGAGAAAGAAAAAUCUAAAUCUCAUAGAUACUCCAGUCAAAGUAGCAGUACUAGUGGUAGUUCAAGUAACAAAAAGGAAUCGAGCAGGAGUGAGAGUAGAGAAAAACAUUCUUCUCCUAAAAAGGAAGAUAAAAAAUUGCGACACGAACAAGAAUCUUCUAGUACGAUUAAAAUGGAAGAAUCAGCAAAGUCCGCUAGCUGUUCAUACAAUCAGAAUUUGACGAAACACAGUUCUCUCAGUUCUACAAUCAGCCACUCAGAUAGAUCAGACAAUAAGACGAAAUUAGAACGUAAAGAACAGAAAAUUGAAGAAGCAUCUCAACAACUUGCUAAUUCCAUUAAACAGUCGCCAAGCACUGCUCCGACGAGUACAGAUAUUACAUCUAUUUAUACCGCUGAUUCCGCCUCGAGUUCGGUACACGGUUUACAUUAUGGACAUUGUGGAAUUGAUGUCAAUCAAUUGAAUCUUGAAACACCAGCCACUAUCACCGCCGAUGUGAAUUCUCAGAAUUCUGUUGAUACAGUGAGACCAACAACUGCAGUAGUACAAAAUCCAACACAGCAACCCAACUAUGACUGUACAGUUCAGCAUACCUUGCAGAAUCUACAAACUACUUCAAUAUCAGCUACCAGUCCUACAGUACCUCAAAACAACAUCCAAUUAGUUCAGAAUCAGAGUUCUACACAACAGUUACAUCAAAAUUCCUCUAGUAAACGUCAAGUUCAACAACAACGUAGCAAUAGAAGUAAUACACCAUCUUCUACCAAACAGCAUAAUGUUAGCAGAUCGACACCUCCCAGUGCCACACAAAACAGGCAGAGAGCGACACCUCCUUGUAAUACUCAACAAUUGCAACAGAUGCAGGUCAGCCCGACAGCACAGCAUACUACCAUGCAACAUCAGCAUCAUAAUUCUCAACAGUUACAACCUCAUUUACAUCACCAAGUAGCUGUACACCAAGGCUAUCAAUAUCAAAUAGGUCCAUCGGCGGUUCAUCAGCAUCCGCACGUACAUCAUCACGCCGUUAUUAGCCAAGCAAAUUAUAUCCCACUGGCAGUAACAACACAAGCAUUUCCUUCCACCAGUACCUGCGUAAAUAUACCGCCCAUGACGACGGUAAUUCAACACGGCAUGAGCUCUACUCCACAAAACGCAGCUAGUCCACUAAAUUCCGUCGGUGCCACUAAUCAAAAAUUAGCCCCCAGCCCUAGCUGUGCUGUAACAACAGGAACUAACUUUUACAUACAAACAAAUCCCCAUAAUCAUUCAACAACGCCUUCUCCGUCACAGCGAGGAAAUACGGGAGGACAACCGGCUAGUGCUAAUGCUAGUUCGAGCAUAGCUAAACUGCAACAGCUAACGAACGGUUUAGACAUGACGCCAGCUCCUUCUUGUCAAAUAAUGACCCCUCCUCCAGCUACAAUGACAUUGACUCCACCCCCGACACAUUUACACGCAACUCCACCGCCUCCUCAUCAAAUGGUACAGAAUCAAACUGUUCGAAAUUUGACGCCUCCGUCCGGUUUACCGCCUAAUCUUCAACAACAAGUUUUGGGUUAUCACAAAUACUAUCAGACAAAUAUGAAUGUUAAUCAAUUGAGUGGUACCGUAACACCUCCUAUCGGUCAAAAUCUCGGUAGAACUAGUAGGAAUAGUACAAACGUAGCUACUAUGCAACAUAUGCAGACUUACAAUAUGAAUAGUUAUCCUAUGCCCACACAGCAAACACCCGGUGCUGUUACUAGUUAUAUAGCGAACACUGGUUUUAUAAACAAUCAAAUUCCUAUGCAGAUGAUGAAUAUGGCGCAAACUCAGUAUCAAGAUCCGGCCGCUUUACAGAGGGCGCAACCACAAAUGUAUAGAACUUAUAUCAACGGUAUGUUGCAACCUCUAAAUAGUACGAUGAGACGUUAAUGUACUACAGGUUUGGUUCAUUUACCCAGUGAUUAAUCAGUGUGCUUUAUAGGCCAGUAUUUUACAUCUAUUUUUAAUUUAUGCUGCUAAAUCCUGAAACAGUAAUUCAGGCGAACAACCAGUAUAAACACAGGAUCUCACUGCUCCAUUCUGCGGGUAUCUGUUUUUCUCUAAAACUUUUUAAAUGAAUAUUAAGAAAGUAUAGGUUUAACUGGGGUAAUUGUAAACGAUUUGUCAUAUUUGGAAAUCACAAAAAUUUAAUAUCUUACCGUUGGCUCUUUUCUUCAAUGGUGUUUAUUAGAUUCAUUGUUUCUACUUCAUAGGUUACUGUUGACUUUAUUGCUAUUCUGUAGAUUUUUAUUUUAGUAUGUCUACUGCGUUUUUUACAUAGCAUUAGAAGCCGGAAUUUAUGGUAUGCUCGCUAGCCUCUUUUGAAUAAUUUCAUCUCCUCUUCAUUAUGGUUGUUAAGUGUUACACCAAGUAUAUAAAUUGUUAACUAGUCCGCAUAUUAUUUGAAGGAAUAUAUGGAAAGUAAUCGAGUUUCAAAAUGUAAAUUUUCUCCAUUGUUAUUUGAAACGGUUUCAAUAUUUCAAUACUUUGAUGUUUCAAAAGAUUUAAAAUUUCUUUUUGAAACUAAUUUUUUUCAUUAUAACAGCGAUUUUGAAAAUAUAACCAAAGCCUUGCAAAUUUAAAUUCCAUCUAUCCUUAAAUGGAAAUAUUUUUUAGAUGCUUAGUGCUCAUUCAGAAAUACUGCGGCUUCAUCUUUUAGUUUAUUUUACAAUUUUUAUCACAACCCAGUUGAUUUUUCUACAACCCAUCGCUGGGUCGCGAUCCACACUUUGGGAAACGUUGUUGUAGAAUAAAAUUUUUAAAAACAUUCAUGUACUGGCCUAUUAAACAAUAUAGUCUAUACUCGAACUAAAAUUAAUAUUGCCUUAAAUUAUUUUAUUUCAAUAUUGAAUACAUUGGGCUGUGUUGGCUUAGGAUCUGCUCAUUAAUGUAAAUAGCGAUUGUUUAUUACUAUACAUAUUUUAGAAUACCAUUAAUUUUAAGUAUUGAGUUUAUAAUCAAACAUAUUUGAUGAUAUAACAAAAUGCAUCAAAUAAAACCCACCAAUAAUCUCAAUUAGAGGCCAAUCUUUAUUAGAUAAACGUCAGAUUUAGUUCCGCUGUUCAAUGAGCAACAGAAACAAGUUAUUACGAUCCCCCAAUUCCUUAUUAUCGAAAUCCUCAAUAUUAUAGCCAAGCUAACUUUGAUAAGCAUUGUGUGUAGUGCUUAUCAUAAUAUAUUCUGUAUUCAAAUCUUAAUAGUAUUCUCAUGUCAAAUUGGAUUACCAAGACUUUUAAUACCAUAUGCAGUUACCGGAACUGAAUUUAUUUUUUCACAUGUAAAUUUGGUAUAAAAAAUUUUUUUGUAACCAAAAUAAUCUUAUCCCCUACCGUUCCAGGUUGUUUAUGUCUUUCUAUUUCUCAUUUUAUCUGAAAUCUUUCCAAUCUUAAUUCUCUUACAUGGUCCAUGAAUUUUAUUUAGAUUCUUAGCUUCUGUUUCUACAAUAAUUUCUUUAUCAUUACCUUUGACGAGGGAAAAGUAAUGAGAUUUAUUUUUCACAAGGACUCAAAUCAAGAUUCUUGGUUAUUGGCAGUCUUCUAAAUGUACACAUUUCUUCUAUAUUCCUCCUGUUUAGUUGUGAAUUUUUGAAGCAUUGUUUUGGCCCAAAUUUUCCUCAUGUCCAAAUUUGAUGUACAGUUAAAGUACUGAGAGUCAUUAUCCUUCUUAUUAAACAACGGUCUGAUCUGGUAAUAAUCCUAGCAAAUUAAUUUUUUUUGCCAGAUUUGUCAAUGUCUUCUCUGGCUUUUCAUCAUCGGAAAAAUUGUGUUCUUGAUAAACAAUUUUUCUUAUAAGCUUGUUUCAACUUUUCAGUAGUCUUAGGUUACUAAGUGAGUACUAAUAUAUAUAAUAUACUUGAUUGCAUGAAGUUGUUCUAAAUUCCAACACCCCAUUUUUUUAAUACACUGAAAAAUAUUGUGUCAGCUGUAAUUAGCUGAAACUGAAAAUUUAAAACGAUCAAUAAACUGAUAUAUUUAAGUCCGGUAGACAGAACGUGACUAAAUUUCUCGUACUGUCCUCGUAUAUUUUCUUUAUAAACCUUUUAAGUAUUAAUAUUCGAUCCAUCCUUUCAUUUUAUCAAGAUUCUUGUCCGUACCCACUGUCCAUUAAUUUUAUUGAAUUUAAGUUUUCCCUAUAUCUAUUUUCCCUCAUUUCCAUUUACUUACGGGGACACCAUUUUUUUCCGAAUUUAUAUUUAAAACUGUUUCGGACUUGAAAUUAAAACUGUUUUUUCUCAAAACUAAAGUUCAGUGUAUUAUAGGUUAUUCUAAGCUCUUGUUAAAUUUUUACUAUCAAAAGGAUUGAUUUAACAGUAAAAGUUCUUUUAUCCUGUAACUGAUUGAUAAAACUGUAUGCAUAUUAACUCAAGUUUAAAAUUGACGCACCACUAUAUUGCAUAUUUGUAAUGUUUGCAUUGUUUAUUUUAUUUGCAAUUAUUAUAUUGUUGUGAAAUUAAACACCAAAAUCUACUAACUUUAAUAUAUUUCCGAGCUUUAGAAUACUUAUGUAUCAUUCAUCUGGCAAUUAAGUAAUCAAGAAUAUUAGGCUUAUUGAAAAUCGAAAGUUCGGAAAUAUAUUAGAGUUAGUACACUGUCGUGUUCAAUUUCGCCAUAAUCCCACUGAGAAAACGCUCAUAGUCUAACUGACAAAGCCUUCGUUCCAAUUCAUUAUAUAAAUUACAAAUAUAUUUAAAAAAACCAAUAAAUUGGGGAUUGCAGCAAAUUUGGAAAAUGAGAACUAUUUAUUAAGCUUUCGGAAAGUGUUCUUCCCAUCAUCAGGGAAAGUUCAAUUCCUCGUUUCCGCAGAAAAAUGUCCUUCACUUUUUCUAAGCCUUUUUGAACAUGUUCCUUAGUGAGUAGUCUUUAUAUGGACGCGAAUCAAGUUUCCUCAGAUAUUUUGGUGGCAUUUUAUACUCAAAAUAAAAAACUAAUCACUGUAAUUAUGAUCAAUUUGUCCCUAUAUACCUGAUUAAUCUGACAGUGCUACACUGAUGCAAAAAUUAUGAUGAUACCAAAUUCGCCUUGCUUCAAAUAUAUUGCUCAAGACAUGAAGGUUUCGGCGCUUUCCAAGUAAGUAUUAACAUUUUCAUAGAUUUUUGUCAGACAAAGUUCCAGAUGUUCACUUUCAGAUACAAGAUAAAUAAGGGGUUUUCCAAUAAGAGGUGUUAUUUUGAUAUUCAAAGAAAAAUGCCAUUUUUUGAGAUAAACGAUCGGAUGUUUAUUUCAUUAUAAAGAGGAAGGUAUGCCGUUAAUAAUGGAACACAACAUCAGCCAAAUGGCCGCCACGACUGCGCUUACAGGACCAUAUCCUUUUUAUGAAAUUUUCCAUAAUCAAAUUGCAAAGUGACUGCCCUAUAUCCUCGAUAGCUUCACGAAUUCCAUCUUUGAAAUCUUAAAUCGAUGCUGGACUGUUGGCGUAGACUUUAUCAUUCACGUGGCCCUAAAGGAAAAAGUCGCAAGGUGUUAAAUCACAAGAUCUCGGUGGCCAAUUGUGAUCACCCCUUCGAGAGAUAACACGGUCCGGAAAUUUUUCCCGUCAAAGAUGGAUGGUUUCGUUGCUUUUGUGGCACGUAGCGCCGUCUGGUUGAAAGUAAACGUUGUCCAAAUCAAUACCAUCCAAUUCCGGCCAUAAAAAUCAUUACUCAUCUCUCGAUAGCGCAAUCCAUUCACCGUAACUGUUGCUCCAGCCUCAUUUUCGAAAAAGUAAGGUCCAAUGACACCGCCAGACCAUAAACCGCACCAAACAGUCACGCGUUGAGGAUGGAGAGGAUUUUCAACAAUAAUUCUUGGAUUUUCAGAGCCCCAGAUUCGACAAUUUUGUUUAUUGACGUAACCACCAAGGUGGAAAUGGGCCUCAUCAGUUAAGAUGAUUUUCAUGCAUUUCAAGGAACCAAUCAGCAAAGACACGACGUUGUUGAUGAUCGGCCGGCUUGAGUUCUUGUGUUAACUGAACUUUAUAGGCCUUAAGACCCAAGUCUUUAUGCAAAAUACGGUGUAUUGACGUUUGUGGAAUGACUAAUUCCAAAGAACGACGAGGAAUGGACAAACCUGAGUUUUCUUCAACACUUUGGGCUACAGCAGCAAUUUUCUCAGUUGUUCUUGAGCGAAGUGCACGGGUUUUAUUCUUCACAUCACUAACUUGUCCCAACAGCUCAAAUUUUUCCAUCAAAUUUUUCUGUAUUGCGGUCCGAGAAGGUGCUUCACGUCGACCCAAAAAUGUUUUAGUUUUACGAACCGUCUCUGCCAAACUUUCACCAUUUUUAUAGUGAAUUUUAAUAAUUUCAAUGCGUUGUUGAAGCGUGUAUCGUUCCAUUUUCAUUAAUGGCGUAGUUUCUAUUUUUCAAAAAAUUACCUUCAAAAGUGACAUUUACCGAAAUAGCGGGCUGUUCAAAAUAACACCUCUAAUUGGACAAUCCCUUCCGGUGUAGAUUAAUUUGACUUGUAGUCCCUUUACAGCCUUGAUCAUGCUUUCUCUGGUCAAAUAACGCAUACUAAUCGAAAAAUUGAAGCUCUUACUAUAAUUGCUUAUGCAAAAUGUACCAUUUCUCUUUAUUCCUUGUUAAUCCUGGUCAUUGCAAUACAUUGUCUUGAUGAAACACUUUCUUCUUAUCCAAACGCUGUAGUUUUUGCGCACAGUUUUCUCAUGUCCAAAUUUUCAGUUACUAUGCGAUGUACAGCACUUUUUGAAAUGCCUACUAUGUCUGCUAACUCACGCACUUUCAGUCGAGGAACAUUCGGUACCGCUUUGUCGAUUUCCCUUAACAUUUAUGGAGUCGUCACCUCCUUUGGUCAACCACUGUGAUUCUGAUCUUACCAAUAUUUUACUGUUGAUAACGAAGAGUAGAAUCUAGGUCAAUUUCUAUAUUAGUUUAGUUAUUACCUUUUAAAUAAAAGUUACUUCUUACUAACCACUUUGCUUUAGAGAAUCAACAGCAAAAUACGGAACUUGUCAUGUCUUAUUAUGUGGCCCAAAAUACUUCAAUUUCCGUUUCUCUGUACUCUACACCAUAGAGCAGAACAGAAAAUAUGUAGCAGCUGACUUGUCUCAAUUCUAAUCUACUUUCAAUUUGUAUAGUUUCUUCAUUUACACCGAAACCACCUCUACUUUACACCAACAAAUUUAGGUGAUAAAACUUUAUGAAGAACAUGAAGAAACUAUACAAAUUGAGAGUAGAGUAAAAUUGAGAUGAGUCAACUGAUACUGAUAUUUUCUGUUUCGUUCUAUUUCUUGGACCACAACCAAGGCUACUUUAAAAAUACUAGAAUCUUUCGACUUUCAGCCGAAAGUAUAUAAGCCAUCGAUAUUUUUUAAUAAUAAAAAUUUGAAUGAAAAUAUAAGUGGUGGGUUUAUUUUAGCCAGGAGUUUAUUAUACCUAGUAGCUUGUUAUUUUUUAAUCCUUUAAAUCCCUCUACAGCAUUCGGAAAUCUUUGUUUCGUUCUCGUGUGAAUUAAUAAUUUAAUAAAUUACACAUUGGUCUUAGAGGAAGAGCCAAUGACCUAUUUUAGGUGGUCAUGAAACUUUCCACAAUAAAUCUUCUAUCUCUGUUAAAAAUGAAAAGGCACUUCUGACAGCUCUCUAUAGCCGGGGAAGAUUACCUUAAAACUUUAAGGGGGGUAAGAAUUAAGACUUAUUUAUUCACAGUAUCAGUCCUAAAAUUUUAGGAAAUUACUUUUGCCUUCAUGGAAUUUUUGUCAGAACAUUUAAACCUAUUUAGUAAUUUCUUCUGUCUUGAAAUUUUAACAGAAGAUAUAAAAUAUAUGAAUAAUGCCAGAAUGAAAGUAAGUUAUGGAUAUGGAAACUUGCGGGUUAUAGAGAGAAUGCGGUAGAUUUCUCUUAAUCUUGUUGAAACAUUACUUAACAGAAAUGUUUCUCUGCCUUUGACAUAAAUAUACGAAUAUUUAUGGAGUACAGUUCAGUUUUAGUCAUACUAUCAGAAUAAAUUUCUCAUACUGAAAAAUCCCAUUAAAUAUUUUGUAAAAUACUGUCUACAAAUUCGAGUAUAAACAAUUCAAAAGUUUCGGGGACUACAUUGAUACGUAUGUUGAUUGAUGUUGAGAUAUUAGAGCAUUCAAUUGAGUUAAUUAGAGACACGAAUGAUUCUGUAUUAAUUGAGGAUCCCAGCGACCAAUAUGAUGAAGACUGUCAAACAACUGAAUAAUUUCACGAACCUAACUUUUAUAUAUCUUAAUAUUUAUAUUAGUAUAGUAAGUUAAGUUUAAGUUAAUCUUAAAUUGUAUAUAUUAUUACAAACAACUUCUCUAUUUCUCCUGUACAACUUCUAUUUUGCUCUCUAUUAGCGCUUUUUUUCUAUAUUUCUAUCUUACUUGCAUUCGCACGGAGACGUUUUUCGUUCUGGCAAAUUAUUGGUGAUGGAAUUUCGUUGUGGCAUUGUAAAUUGGGAAUUGUUCAUAUAUUUUAUAUCUUCUGUUAAAAUUUCAAGACUGAUGAAAUGAUUAAACUGAAUGGAUAUGACUAAGGCACACAAUUUUUUUUACUUUUUUUGCAAAAAUAUUUUGUUUUUGAACCUCUUUUACAAAAGAAACAUCUUUUUCUGGUCCUUGGUUGGAUGUCUUCAUCUAUGGAGGUUUCUCCUGUUCGAGCAACUUUGUCUCUUACCGUUCUGGGAAUAUUUGUUUCUUAUGAACGUCGCUCCAGAUGUUUUCUUGUCAAUGAUAUUCCAACAUCUCUUAGAUAUAAUCUACUCACAGUCUUAUAUGUUUUAUUAUGACGCGCAAAAAUAAUUUGGGAAUUUACCAUUUACCAAAUAACCAUCGGCUACCUCCUGGUAUUCCUGGCAAUUUAUCUACACCUCCCUUGGUAUGAUUAUAAUAGGUUUACAUUUUUCUUUUGUAGAUGGAUCAAUCAUAUCAUCAUGAUGUAAACUGGAUAUAGGAUUGAGAUUUCCAAAUUUUUUUGGUAUGUAAGACACAAUAGUGAUGUCUUUUUGAAAUCCAAAUAUCGAAGAAAAUUAAAGGCGAGCUCUGAUACUGGUAAAUUCAGUUGCCAAUUCUCUUUUAUUAUUAUUUUUUUAUCGUUCCUACAUAUUUUGUGCUCGCUAAUUAACUUUUCCACCAAUCCACCACUGGUAAACCAAUUAUAAGAUUACGAUUAGUCCCAGAUAUAGAUCCCAUUAGCCUCAAUACUAUAUUUUGUGGGUUAUUCGGUCGUUCAUAUGGACCCUCAGGUUGCUUUUCAACAUAUACCUCCAUUUUGGAAGCAUAAGAUAUAGAGGAAUCGACUAGGGCAUACAUUUUUAUUCCGGAUCUGUUAGGCUUACUUGGAAUAUACUGCUCGAAAUCAUAUCGCCCUAUAAAUUCCUCGAGCUUUUCAUCCAACGUUGUGUUUGUUCCAACUGUAUUGUUUUUAACAAAAAGGUCAAAUAGGCUUCUGAUUGGAGUGUCUCCUUUCUUCUCUUGUUGUCGAAUCGUCGAAACGAAGGUACCGUAAAAGAAAAUGAAAUCAAUCGUGAGAUAUAAUUAACCAAAAGCGUUCUUUUCUUUACCAUAGCUCUUUUGUAUUAAGUCUUCCAAUUUUGAGAUAAGUAAGAUAGGUGACCCAAAUAAGGCCUACCUUAUUUUUUUAUUGUAUAACUAGCGGAUUUAUAAUAAUAAUACACUGGUAAUUUGAAAUACUUAUAUUUAUUUAUUAAACUUUGUAAUAAAGAAAACAAAAUUGCUUCAAAAACUAAAAUCACACUUUUGUGAAAACAAAUUAUUAAAAUGUCACUUUGGCCUUAUUGGAAACCCUGUGUCUUAAUAAAGUCUUAAUAAAAACAAGUAAACAAUGAACUUCUAAAUGAAUAUAAAACGUUGUCAAUACUUAUAUUAAAUCUAAUGAGAUCAGAUUUAAACAAUGAAAUUAUUAUUCAGCCUUUUUUUAUCUUUUUUACCUUUUUUCUUAAACAAUCUCCUGAACAGUAAAAUAUAUUAUCAUCGGGUGUGAGUCCAACACACAACUCAUGAUACCAAACCGCACAAGUAAGACAUUGUCGCAUAUCAUCAACUCGAUCUUUACAAGCUGGACAGUACCAAGAAUCGUGUUUAUUAUCGAGACGUUUUGGUUUAGAUUCCGUAAGCUUAUCUGAUAUCAAAGAAGCAGUCUUUACUGACGUUUGCUUUCGCGUUGCAGCAACUGCAGGUUGUGCAGAUGUGCAGCCAGUAACAGAGGUUGAUUUUGGUGUCUUUGUAUUAAUCUGGAUCAUGGACGAAGAACCAGGAACAUCUUCUAUUCUUGACGAUGGUACAGAAAUCUGUGAUGUGGAAUUCAUAGCACUGUCACCAAACAAAUCUUUUGUUAUCUCUUGAGCCCUGUAAUUCAGAGACUUCUUGCGUGGAGUAGUCGCUACAACUUUAAACUUAGGAGUUGGUAAAAAUUUAUGAAUCUCACACGUGUUUGAUUGGCUGUCUAUCUUCAGUGGAGCUCCAGCAUACGGAUUGUCUCUUGAGAGCAAGGACAGUGGCAAAUUAUCUGUAUCUGUGCUUGACCCAUCUGAAUCUUCCACAUUUGCAGUUGAAAUUCUUGUUCUCCUUAUUCUCCUGGGUUAUAUGGAUAUAACCCUGUAGCGCGAAACCCAUUCGAGAUAUUAGUAAUAGUCAUACAUUUCGGCCAUCUUUGUGAGAGAAUGACAUUGAAGCUUGUCUUGUAAAGGUUUCGUUCGGGAUGCUGACUGACCUAUUUAAUCAACUCUUGGUUCCAAUGGUGCUCAAAAGAACGAUAAACAGAUUUAUCCGUGGGCUGUAACUCACGCGUGGUAUUUGACGGAAGAUAAUAUAAAGUAAUGCCACAAUAUGAGGAGACAUGGCCCUGAUGUUCUGUAUUCAUGCAAAUGAUUAAUAAACUCUAUGAAAGUUUCUGUUGUCAUACUUCCUUUUGGCGUCAUCUUCACCAGAGAGCCUGGAGGUGAAUUGUCUUGGAAUUCUUGCUUUAGUCUUUUACCUUUGAACAAUAUCAUUGGCGGAAUAGCUGAUCCUAUAGCAUUUCCGCAGCCCACCACAGUUACACUUUCAGCAUGCUCAUUCGCUAUUUGAUGAACUCUUUUUCUUCCUUUGGCUGUCAGAACUUCCUGUUGAUAGUGCAAAGAUAUGCGACAAUUUUUUUCAUCGAUGUUGUAAAUGCUUUCAGGUUUAUGUUCAAUUCCUAGUCUAUCCAGCACACUUUUGUAUUUGGAAAAAUGAUCGCUAACAAUAUCUUAAUUUAAUUUUUGAGCACGAGCUGGAUUCAUCAUCUGUGCUUUACGACGUGCUAAUUCAGGGUGUCGUUUGAGAAACAACCUCAACCAUUUCUUCCCCGUGGCGUUUUUGGCAUGAUUGAAAGUGUUUGAAAUUUUCUUAAUUUUACAGAAUGAAAAAGCCUGUAUGUGCAACAUCUUUGAUGUCAACGACACUCCAACAUCAGCCAAACGUAUGAUUCUUCUGACUAGUCCAGCUUCUUGUUCUGUAGUCAAUAUAGCCGACCGACCCAGCUUUCGUGUAAUCGACCCACUCGCUAGAUGGUUGUUCUUGGGAUGUUAUAUCUGGCCGCAGCAGCAUAUGUAGAUAAUAUACGCUUUUCUACCAUUUUAACAGCGUUUUCCAUCUGUUGCGAAGUCCAUUGAGCCCUUUUUUUCUUUGUGGUAGAAGCUGGUGAUUCGUUUUCCGUGAUUUUACUGAAAACAAGGGUUUAGUAUUUUACUGUGAUACUUUUCUAACUGACAUAAAACAAUAUCCUAAUAAGGCCUGUACCUGUGGCCUUAUAAGGCCUACACAUUUUUUUUGUAGGCUUUAUUAGUGCAUAGCACAUGGGUAAACAAACCAACAAUUAUAUGGAAAUACACCGAUAUUACAGCUUCUUCACUUACGUGAGGGGAUGAAUAUGCUAUAAUUCUCCUAUAAACAAAACACAGCACACCGUGUACAAAUGAAAAUACUUACUGUUUACGCUGCCAGAAUUUUAUAAAAACAAGCGUGCACUCCACGUCGUUGUUGUGGGUGUUAGUUAAUGUACACGCACACAUCUACCAAUGUUGGCGGCAUUUUUAAAUCAUGAAGCGGGAAAUUUUAAAAAUAGCCCUUAUUAGGACAUAGGCUUUAUUUGGGUCACCCACCUUAGACCAAGAAAAACUUUAAUUCACGUCCGUGAAUUUUCCUCUUCUUUGUUUCUUUCUUGUUUUAAUUUAGAAAUGUCCAUAUUUGUGUUUUCCACUAUAAGGCCAAACAUUUCAUCUGUGAAAAAUAGUGAUCGACAUUCUAUAGCUGUUUUGGCGUUUUUGCCACAGUUUCUGACGCCUGAUCAUCGAUCGAUGAUAUUAGCUCUUACUGUUUUGUUUGGACAAUGUUUUUUCCAUCGCGUGGUUUCAUUACCAAUAAAAAAGUUGGUAUUUCCAAGAGAGUUUUCUGCUCUUCCUCAUAAUUAGACAUUGCUGCUAAACAAACUAAUUAUUAUUACUUAAUUAUGAUACAAAAUAUUUAUUCUAACUUACCGUAGAAGAAUAAAACUAGCCUGAACCGUCGGGUAGUUAAGUGUCUUCUUGAGGUUAGUUUUCAUAUCAAACUGCUGGUAUGCGGUAGGUGCAGUCGGUGAGGAUGUGCUUAACAGACACAGGAACGUCACAACUUUGGCAGACAGGACGACUUUCUGACGACAUCAAAUAGCCGUGAGUAAGUUUUGUGUGGUUUAUGAGGAGUUUUCUUCUUGGCACAGCUCCUCUCCUAUUCAAAAAGUUUAGGGAGAGGUGAGAAGUAGAUGAGUGGAUGUUAUGUAAUGCUGUAGUACUCUUGCUCCAUAUAUUGCGUCAAGAGGUUUUUGAAGUUAGUUAGUUCAUUGGCAAGCUGAACUGGGAUUUCAGGAGGAUUCUUUGUGGCCCCUUUGGCAUGGCGAUCUGCAGAUUCGUUUCCAGCAAUUCCAGGCCAGAUGAGAAGACUGUUAUAUCAAUAGCAAUGAGAGUUUGGUAGCUCUCGUGAAUGUUUUGGACUACUCGGUGAAUAUGGUUGUGAUUGACAGUAUGAAUGAAAGACUGAUGAUAAAUGAAUGAUUUCGUGGUUUUUAGUGUCUGCGCAACCGACACCGGAUUUAGCUUUGGAGGCAUCCGUAUAGAGAAUUAGAUCGAAGGAUUUUUUAUUCAGAAUUUCCAAGAAUGCUUUCUCUACAAGGACGCUAGGGGAUACAUGUUUAUUGUAAAUGGUAAGUGAGAUAUCUACUAUGGGAAUACUUUUGGUCCAAGGGGGAAAAGGCAAAAAGAGGUUGGUAUUUUGGAGUAGAGGUGAAAGCAGUUGAGGAAUAGAAUUUAUAAUUGUUUGUGAGUUGGUAGGUACGGACGUGGUGGUAAUUAGCGAAUGGACAGCGUUAGAAGGAUCGGAAAAUACUGUACCAAAAUUAAAAUCAUUCAAAAAUUCAAAUAGACACACAACCACAAAUUGGGUCGAACGUCGGGUCUGAGAGACUUCAUCCCACCCGCAAGGUUAAAAAUAAUUAUCACGUUCUGUUAGCAAUUAGGAGAGGUGUAAAUGUUCUGGUAAAAAUUACAUGAAAUCGAAAUGAUGUCAAAAGAAAUUUCCCAAAAUUUAUUGGCUGAUACUUUAACUAAAAUAAGUUUUGAUACUUACUUACUACCCUUGGUUACUACCUUACUUGGUUAUCGAAACGCGCGUCAGUGUAAUUGUGAGUGUUGGUAUAGUGGUAGUGUGAACAGUGUGUUCAUUAUGAAUAUCACCAACGGUUCCAGAAAUGCCAACUAAGUAUUUGAUAUCCUCUUAUGUAUAAAUGAAUAAAAAAUUGUAAAUUUUCCUUGGAAACGUUUUUUUAUUGAAAAAAAAAAUGGGAAAAUUAGUUCAAACAGACAUUUUUAUUAGGUGUAGUAGAUUUCUUUUAAAUUCGGUCUUUUGAAUUUUGUAUAAAUUAUGAAUAUAUUUGCUUGUAAAUAAUUGUUAAAUUUUGUUAUAAAUUGUUCUCUCAUUGUUUUUUUUACUCUAAAAUAGAGCCAUAGGUAACCUUGUAAUUAUUGUACCUAUAAAGAGAAAUAUUGUAAAAUCAAAAACGGCUUUUGUACAGUUUUGUGAGCCGGAAGAAAUAAUCAUGUUAUCAGUAACUCAGUUACUUUUCGGUUGUGUAUAAUCUGUUACUAUUUUAUCAAUUUCAAUUUAUUUUUUUUUAUUUAGGUUUAAAUCAAAAGUAUAUUUAAGAAUAUUUGUUUUUUAUCACGUUUUCACUUUUUUGUAUAGCACUGUGAUUAGAUUUUUCUGUUUUAUACUCUUAAUAAUCUAUUAUAUUAUAAUAUUGUAAAUUUCAGUUUGUGACAAAAUCCUGAAAAUUAAAAAGAAUGUUAGUUUU